CCAUAAUAUCGCGUCUUGUUGUCAGGUUGCUUUGCAUGUUUGAUGAAGGAAAGGGAGCUCAGAAGUUGAAAAAACAACAACUUCUCAGUAAAAUUCAUCGAUGGAACGAUGUCUCGUGACUGGGAAAGAAAUUUUACGAAUACCAUGAGAGAAACAGAGGAUAAUCUAAGCCGUAUGAGGAAUCGUCUUGAUCCAGCAAGAUACAAGCCAAUAGAUAGCACCCUCAUAGACUCCCCUCCAGAUCAAACUGAGCAAUUAAGCAAUGGCAUCCCCAAGAUCAGACGGAAGCAAAACAUGAAGGAGCGCCCAGUUUCUGCCAUCUUGACUAGUUCCUCGCCCAGUUAUGAGUUGUAUCGACACAGUGCGCCCUCUACUGGCCUGGUUGCACUACUUUCGGAGAAAGUGGAGAGACAGAAUAAGGUGAUCGAGCAGCUAUCCCAUCAGGUUCAAGACCUUGAGAGUGAUCGAAGGAAGAACGAUGUCAAGGUCCGCGACCUCGAGCACCAGGUCAACACGCUGACCGCAAGACUUACCGAAAACAGGGGGCAGUAUAAUCAGACUGAACAACAGAUUGCUGACUGGCAGAGGGAUAUGAGAAAUCGUUUGGAUGAAUUACAUGAUCGCAUCACAAGACAGAUCACUAACGGAGGAAACAGCGAUGCUUAUUUCAGUGAGAGCGCCCUCGCAACCCUCGCCAGAGAUCUCCAUGAAGCUAAGCGGAUGUUACAGGCAGAAUGUAAAGCCCUCCAUCAUGAAAUAGAGACAUUGAGAACUAGACUGGUCAAGCAGGAGAUGGACGUCACUGGUCAGUUGAUGGAAGGCAAAGAAUUGGGCCGGAGAAUGGACAGACUUGAUAGGAAGAUUGGUAAGGUACAUUCGGAUCAUCAGCAAGUCUUAUCAAAUCAACUUGGACUGUCAUCUCGUCAACAAGCUUCACGGAUGUACAACGAACAGAAAGACAUCAAUGACCUCAAAAUGGAAAUGAGUAAACUGCUGGCUUCCUAUGGCAGGCUUGAAAGUGCCUCUCAAGUUUCCCGUUCUAGCAAUGGAUCAGUGCCCUCUACAGUCUCUGCUACUACAGUUUCAUCAAGCAUCAGCAGCAGACGACACAGAUCCUACCCUUCCUCCGUGUCCUCGUCCAAGGGACCAACGGUGGUAUCAUCGUCAUGGCAACGGGUGGGACACCAUCACCAUCCGGACCGGAAGAAGAAGACGAGAAGGACCAAAAUGGACCAGAGCACUGGGAGUACGUCGAGCAUCGAGGACCUGAGCAGCUCGGAGAUCUCUCUUCCGCUCAGUAUUAGUCACGAAGAAGAGGAGGAGGAGGAUGAUGCGGAGAAGAGGAGACAAGAUGGAGGGAAGCAGCUGGUAGGCGACGAUGAUGAAGAUGAUGAGGAUGACGAGGACGUCAUUGAUUUUCAAGAUGACCUCAGCCUCUACUUGUCUGAUCUUGAUGUGAGUCACAAGGGUGAAGAGUUUGGAAGUGCCAUCUCGUUGGACUCUGGAAACCUUGACCUUGAUUUUAUGUGACUGAGAAAUGACCUUUGAACCCUGCGGGACAAGAACUAAAGACUUCAAACUUGAAUAAAGCAAGAGAGUUUCGGAUUGUGUCAAUCCGAAAUGUAACCUAUGUGGUAAAAAGUUUGAAAAGACUUCAGCCUUGCAGUGGAGUUCCAGAUGCGCAUUUAAAGUGUAAACUAUGAAGUGCAAGGUUUGCAAGAAAGAUGUCAACCUUGAUUUAAUGCAAGGAACUUCCAGAUGUGGAUGUGAACUGUGAAGUGCAAAGUUUGCAACAAAGACGUCAACCUUGUGGUUGAGGUUCAGAUGCGGAUUUGAAGUGUGACCUACUGAGUGCAAAGUGUGCAACGUAGACUCCGACUUUGAACAAUGGCUAGAAAUGUUCAGAUUUGGAUGUGUAGUGUUUCGGUUUUCAAGGUUUUCAAGCUACACUGACUGCCUCCUUCGAUCCCAAAGAUUCUUGCUGUAUUGUAGUACCUGGAACCAGCAGGUGCAGUACACCGGAUGAACACCCUACUCUUUGACGAAUAGUGUAUUGGUUUUAACAUGCAUAGGUUUUGACUCUCCUAUACACGGGACCAACAUUUGCGUCCUUUCCGAUUGACGGAGUGUUUUCCAACUGCAUUCACACCCGCACUGAACACAGCGGUGAGGCACACUAACACAACGCUAGCAUCAUAUACAUGUACAUGUAUUUUUUUGGUUAGACGUCUUCCAGCAUGCUGUGGGUCUCGACCCCACGCACGUUGAGAUCUACGAUCUUAUCAGGAACAGGCGCUCUAAGUGACUGAGCUAUGCUGAAUCCCUCCCAUAAUGUAACCUAUGAAGUGCAAAGUUCGAACCUUGAUUUAAAGCAACAAGUGUUUAGAUGUGGAUUUGAAUUUUUAAAUAACCUUGAUUCUGCAGUGCAAGAUUUUUAAGAAAGAUAUUUUACAUUUAUUUCAUAUGAUACAUACUUCAAACUGGAUUUUUUUGCAUUAGAAUUUCAGAUGUGGAUUUGAAAUAGUUUGACUCUGAACUUUGCAGUGCAAAGUUUGCAAGGUAGAGUUUUCACGUGACGCAGAUUGAAAUGUAGAAUUGAACUUCAAAAUCUUGUAAGUACACGAGAAAGAAAAUUUCACCUUGAUUGUGUGUGAUGCAGAUUGAUAUGUGGAGUUGAACUUUGACCUCCUCACUCUGCAGUGCAAAGUAUCCAGUAAAUAGUUUACCUUGAUUUUACAAUAUGUGUCAUAGAUUUCAGAUGUGGAGUUGAACUUAUAACCUUGAACUAGUAUGUAGUGAAAAGAAUUCAGGAGAAGAUGUAACCUUGACUUUGUGUGACACCUAUUAAGAUGUAGAUUUGAACUUUAAGCAUUUAAGUUUGAACCAUAACUCUGUGGUGCAAAGAAUGCAAGAAAUAUCUUGAUUUAAACUAUGGAGUGCAAAGGAUGUAAGAAAAUUUAUUCUUGAUUUCGUGUGACACAGAUUGAGAUGUGGAUUUGAACUUUGAACCUACAUGUAUACAAGGACCGCGGAACGGGGGGGG